AUCACUGACUUGUUGCUUCUUGUUAUUUUCCUAUGCAUGAUAACGAUUCUUCUAAGAAAUUAUAAAGGAAAACUGAUAAUGUUAACACUUCCACUUUAAAACUUGAUUUUUCUUCGCAGCACUAUUACCUUCACCAACAUUGGAGCACUUCAAGCCCAUCCUCUAGCUUUCGUAUUGCUCUUCGAAGUUCCUUUUCCACGCUACAAAGAAAUGGCCGAAGGACUGCUCUAUGGCGUUGCACAAAAAAUCAUUGAAGAAUUGGGCUCUUGGGCUUUCAAAGAGGUCGCAUCACUUUGGGAUGUCGAAGCUGAUGUUGAAAACAUCAAGAACACUGUUUCCACUAUUCAAGCUGUACUUCGGGAUGCAGCAAAGCAGCAGAGUCAUAGCGAUCAAGUUAAGGACUGGCUCGAAAAGCUCAAGGAGGUAGUUUAUGAAGCAGAUGACUUGUUGGGUGAGUUCUUUGCUGAAGCUUUACGACAAGGAGGGACGAGUGGGAUUAUUCCUAAAAAGGUACGCAAUUUCUUUUCAACUCCAAGCCGACUUGCUUUACGUCGAGAGAUGAGUGGUAAAAUAAAUGCGAUGAAGCAGAAACUAAAUGCAAUAGCGGAAGAUAGGAAAUUGUUUCACUUGACUGUAGAGGCUCCUGUGAUUAUGGAUAGGGAAGAGACUCACUCAUUUGUGCUUGAUGAAAAGGUUAUUGGAAGAGAAGAUGAUAAGAAGGCUAUCAUAAAACGGUUGUUGGAGCCUAAUAAUGAAGAGAAUGUUUCAACUGUUCCUAUAGUGGGGAUUGGUGGGUUAGGGAAAACCACCCUUGCUCAAUUUGUAUACAAUGACAAGAACAUCAAAGAACAUUUUGAGCUAAAAAUGUGGAUAUGUAUAUCUGAUGUCUUUGAUGUGAAAAUGAUUAUUCAAAAAAUAAUAUCGGCUACUGGUAUGGAACCUGUAGACCAUAGCAUGGAUAAAUUACAAGAUCAACUUCGAAAAAUAAUUAAUCAAAAGAAGUACUUACUUGUCUUGGAUGAUGUGUGGAAUGAGGAUCAUCACAAAUGGGAAAGGUUGAAAGACCUUUUAGUGGGUGGUGCUAAGGGAAGUAAAAUUGUGAUAACUACACGUGCGAGAUUGGUAGCAGAGAUUACAUGCCCAGAUUCAAUAUACACUCUUAAAGGUCUUAAUGCAGAACAGUCUUGGUUUUUAUUCAAGCAAAUAGCAUUUAGAAAAGGGCAAGGGCAAGGGACCAAUAAUCCUAGACUAGAAGAAAUUGGAAGGGAAAUUGUGCACAAAUGUCAAGGGGUACCCCUUGCCAUAAAGUCUAUAGGAAAUGUAUUGUGCUUGGAAAAAACAGAGCAGAAAUGGUCAUAUGUCAAUAAUAAUAUACUAGAAAUUGCAACUCAUCAAAAAAAUGACAUUUUUCCAAUUCUGAAGUUGAGUUAUGAUCAUCUUCCAUCACAUUUAAAAAGUUGUUUUGCCUUUUGUUCCUUGUUUCCUAAAGACUAUGAGAUCGAUAAGGUGACACUCAUACAACUAUGGAUAGCACAAGGUUUCAUCCGACCAUCAAACAAAAACCAAGAAUUAGAAGAUGUUGCAGAUGAGUAUUUCAAGGAUUUGCUUUGGAGGUCCUUCUUUGAAGAAGCAAUGGGAGGAUUAAAAUACAAGAUGCAUGAUUUAAUUCAUGAUCUUGCACGAUUAGUUGCAGGGGCAGAGUGCACAAUAAUUACUUUGGAUGGAAACAAUUUUGAUGAAAAAACUCGUCAUGUGUCAAUUCCAUCUUAUAUUGACUCGUCUUUUAUUGACACUUCAAGUUUCCUAGUUAGAGCAGAGAAGUUACGUACAUGUCUUCUAACAUUUGUACCUAGUUACGGUCAUAGGGCGGGGGAAAUAGACAAAUCAAUGAUGAAUGAACUUAUUUUGAGUUGCAGAAGAUUGCGUGCAUUGGGUUUACCGGGAGUGCAUAUUGAGAGAGUACCAGAUUCUAUUGAAAAGUUAAUACAUCUUACUUUCCUUGAUUUUUCUGAGAAUCGAGGUAUUGAAACUCUCCCUAAUGCUAUUUCUAGACUUUGGAAAUUGCAAACACUAAAAGUCAAUUAUUGUGUGAAUCUUAAAGAAUUACCUGGAGACAUUAGAUUUUUGGUUGGCCUCAGGCAUCUUGAGAAUUUCUUUUGUGACCGUUUGAGUCAUAUGCCUGUUGGAUUAGGGCAAAUGACAUGCCUUCAAACGUUAUCAACAUUUGUUGUGAAACACAACCAAGCUUCUACCUCUGGGCCUAUUAGUAGUGGGCUAGCCGAAUUGAAUUCGCUAAACUCCUUGAGAGGAGAACUAAGAAUCUCAAAUUUGAGAUGUUUGGAAGAUGUUUAUUCAGAACCCAGUGCUGCCAAUUUUAGGGCAAAACAAUAUCUUGAAAGGUUGACAUUAAGAUGGCAUACAGAUAGUCGACUUAUUCAUUCUGAUGACGACAACGACAUCGAUGGUGAUGAGAAGUUAUUAGAAGGCCUCGAACCACACCAAAAUCUUAAAUCGUUGACUGUGGAAGGGUAUGGGGGUGUGAGAAUUUCAAGUUGGCUUCCUUUGCUCACAAAUCUGGUUUGGUUAUGUAUAUAUGAUUGUAAGAGAUGUCAACAGCUUCCGCGACUGUCUCAACUCCACUCUCUAGAAUCUCUAUCGGUUAGUUGCAUGGAAGUUUUGGAGUACAUAUCAGAUGGUGAUAUAAAUGAGGAGGUUCCUACUUUAUCCUUCUUCCCAUCGCUAAAGUCAAUUCAUAUUGUCCGCUGCCCUAAUCUGAAGGGAUGGUGGAGGAGCACAUCAACAACAGAUCACCAACAACAUCCGCAUCACCAGUCACUGCCUUCAUUCCGUCGUCUUUCUAAGUUAUAUAUUGCGGAUUGCCCUAAUCUAACUUCCCUGCCUCCAUUUCCGUAUCUUGAAGAAAGUCUAGAGUUGCGUAGAGUCAGUUUGAAAUUUUUACAACCGACAAUAGCGAUGACUUCUUCGCUUCCUUCUUCCUCCUCUUUCUUGUCCUCUCCUUUUUCCAAAUUAAAGUCUAUGACUUUAGUUUCUAUAGAGGAUACAGAGGCUCUACCAGAUGAUUGGUUGUCAAACCUGAGUUCUCUCAAGCAACUAUCCAUAAGAGGAGGCCCUAAGCUGAAAUCUCUUUCUCUAGCCGUGCACCAUCUCACCUCACUGGAGCGCUUGUCGAUUGUUGAUUGUGAGCUGUUUGAUUCGAUUAGUGACAUGGGUGAUGAUGGCACCGAAUGGCAGCAUCUUAAAUGCCUCAGUUCUUUGCAUUACGAAAGAGUUCCGAAUUUGACGUUUUUCCCAGAGUUCACCUCAGUUGUACACCUUCAAAUUGUACACAGCCACAACCUAACAUCAAUUCCCAAUGGGAUUAGUAAUCUCACGUCCCUUGAAGAUCUUUGGAUUUACGAUUGUCCAAAUCUCAAAUCACUCCCUGAUGAGAUGGUAUCUCUCAAGUCUUUACAAAAGCUAACAAUUUAUGGAUGUCCCGACUUGGAGAAAAGAUGUGAAAGGGGAAAUGGGGAAGACUGGUUCAAAAUCGCUCACGUCCCUGUUAUUGAAAUUGGAAAUUGGUGAUUUUAUAUGCUGAAAGAAUGUGAACCAGUCCAUUUUUCAGUCAGUUCCUCUUGAGCUACCUCAAGAACGCUAGCACUCUCAGCCUCGACCAUGCCACUCGCCACAUAACCUCUGAUUUAAUGGGAUUAAUCAUCGAGUGAGUAUGGAUCAUCUAAAAAAUAUGAAGAUUUUUGUGGAAAAUAUGGCGAAGGGUCUAUUCCUUGGGUACUUUGAGGAUUUCGGAAACUGAUCUAGCUCAGAAUAUAGGCAGGCUUGGAAUAUAAAAACUGCAAAGAGUUGGUUGUUUAUCCAAAGCGAGUUGGUAUUGCAAUUAUCAAGCCACCACUGAAAAAUUAAGUGGUAUGGUGAUUAUCUCAGUUAUAGGAGUCUCUAAGCCAGAGCUUUGAAUACUUAAACAGACAAGAUUUCAAUAGUUUAUAUGUCUUCCAACCAUACUGGUAAAAACGAAUAUGCAGCAACUAGCAAAAAGUAAAUUGGUUACAUGGCUAAAGCCACCAAUAUUUUCUCUUAAAGCUAUGAAGUUGCUGCAUCAACACUCGACAGUCAGUGCAGGGCGUGUGUUUUUGUGUAGUAGAGUGGAAAAAAAAAAAGGUUCUUUGACUUCUGUAUUACUGGCCCACUGGAGUUUUCCUUGGCUAUUAGUGGUCUUGCAACUCCCUGACUUAGAAUUAAUGUGGGGUACCAAAGAAAGAAAGUGUAGCAAUAAGACGGGGAGGGAACUUCUGAAGUUAGUUUGGAUGCACUAGCAACAAAGGGAAAUCAAAUUACAAAAUGAUGUAUUCAAUCUUUUUCCGACUGGGAAUGUCACCAACAGCAAUUCUCUAUUGUUGAUUUUUGUCAUUUCAUGAUGAACUGAACUGCAUUCCAGUAUUGCAAUUCCAUGUUUCAAGGUCCUGUAAGGUUGGAUGAUUUUAUCAGAAAUUUGAUUCUAUAUGCUGGGAAGCAGGAGCCAGUUAGCCACAGGAGCAUUGAAUACUAGGUGGACGUGUUUGAGAGUGUGUUUCUUCUUACUACACUAGUAAUAAAAAUAUUUAGAGACUAGCAAAAAGCUGUAUCUCAUUUCUUCUUACUUCAUGUGUUUUGAAAUUGUUUUUGCCAGUUGGUAGAAAUAUUAUUGUUUUGGUGUUUCCUCUCUUUUCUUUUCAAAUUUAUUUUGCAAACUUAUGUUUGAUAGGAUGGAAUGGAUGAAGAUUGUGGCUUGGUGUUAGCAAUUAGAGAGCUGCCUAGUUUCAGUGUUGCUUAAUUUCCGAAGACUGAUCGUUUGACUUUUCAAUGACUCCUUGUGAAGCAUCAGCUUUAUGUUCAUGUAAAAAUAUUACUGAUGAUUUUUACGCAAGCUAUUUAUAUGGUUUUCAAAUUGUCACUAUUUUGUACAUAUCAGUACUCAAAAAGACAAAAACCAUCCUUUAGAAAUUACAUAACAAAAGAACUAUCAAGGGAAAUAUUUUAGUGGGUCAAAAUUUGUCAAUUACAACAGGAUUGGAUGUUCCAGUGCUUGUAGCCUUUUCUUCUUCAUAAGUCUAGAAAUGGAUAUUCUUAAGUUGGUGAGAAUGCCAUCAGUUCAUGCACUAACAAUAUGUGAGUGAGUAGUACAACUUACUAAAAAAAUUAAGUGAUUAUCAUUUUCAUGAUUUACAUUAGACUUAGCUGUUGGAGCAGGAAAAAAUAGAAUGUUUUUCCUAAGAGAUAAUGGUUUGUUUCUUCGGUAGUUUUUCUUAGUAAGCAUUUAAUGCCUUUAAGCAGCCUCACAUUCUUGGGGGAACUUAGAAUACCAUAUAAGUUUUUUUUUUUUUCUUUUCUCUUUUUCCUUUUUUUUUGGGUGAUUAGUACUUAGCAUACCAUAUAGUUAUAAUUCCAUCCAAGGACAAUUUAAUUAUAUGAAAUCUCUGAAAUAUUAUGUGAAUUCAACAUCUUCUGUUAUGAAGCAUACAAAUUCGCAAGUUGUUAAAAAACUUUCUGAUUGAAUGCUAAAAAACCAAUAACUAUAGAAUGGAGAAAAUUAUGAUAUUUUUACAAAUUAUUAAUGCUACAAAGAAAAUGUUAAAUGAAUUCAUGAUACUUAUUAGACCUUUUCAUCUAAAAAUAAUUAGUAACUCAUAUUGGACUGACUAGCCGUUGCUGCAGGGCAAAAAAUGUGACUUUCCAUAUCAGAGGACUCCUAAGACUUCCAUGAUAAAGUGGAGCUCAUUUUCUUGGUGACUCUGGAUGUGAACACAAAUCCCCUGCCGUUUCAUUCCAUGAAUACUUUUCGAUGCAGAAAUUUUCUUUUAAGAUACUGCGGAAUAUUACUUUGGUUCCUCUUUCAAAAUUCUGGGAUUGAGAACAUGUUAGAUCAAUCCAUGCGCUCGCUAACAUCAGGGAAUGCAAGCUUUGUGCGUUACAGGACAAAUGAAGCCAAUAUCAUCUCUUAAAAAUGUGAAGUUGAUGCAUCAACCAUUUGAGUAGGGCUUGUGCUUUUGUGCAAUAGAGUGGCACUAAAAUUCCAAGAAUGCAAACAUCACAUGUUGGAGCAGAUGAUGCAACCAGUUGCUCUGACUUCAUUAUUACUAGCCCAGAGGAAUUUCAUUUGUUAUCAGGGUCUUGCAAUUCCCUCCCUGCUUUACAAGAAAUGUGGAUUACCAAAAAGACAAAGUGUUACAUGGUUUGAAUUAGUUCCAUUUAUACACGUUCAACACCAAACGAAAUUUGGUGAUUGCUUAUUAAUAGGAUGAGAAGAUAUCAAUGGCGACAAAUAAAUAGGCUUUGCACUUGUAUAUAUAGCCAGUCAUGCUUAGUUCUUUAAAAUGCACAACUUUGGUCUUUUGCAGACCGGGUUUAGA